AUGAUUGAAGAUGCGUGGAGGUAUUUCGCGCCCGGCGGAGCUCUGAUGCCUGGAGGGCCGAGUACCUGGCAUAUCCUAGACUGGGACCAGCGACGCAUCAUUGCCUACUAUGGACGAAAGCAUAUCGAUGCUCUUGGGCCAGACGUUUACGCUAUUCAUCUCUCACCCAACGGCAACCUAAUCUCGGUCUCCACCAAUCCAGAGGAUGACGAAACAUUCUCCGUGCACCAUCCUUCUCUGGAGGAGGUCCAGAGGCCAGGCUGGGUACAGACAGUGUCUCGUUCGGAGUUGCGGGAGCAAGAACGUCUAUCUCCAAACGUGGAUCUUAUGUCAUAUGUCCCAUUCGAGGGCGCAGAGCCAAGGAAGGUAGUAUUUAAAAAAUACUACUUCCUUGUCCAAUUCUUCGAGAGGAGGUGGGACGAGAUGAACCUGUGGAUGCGCCUUUGCCCACACCCCAACAUUGUCCAAUUUGAUCGACUCGUGGUCGACAAACUCGACAACGAUCUUGUUGUGGUUGGCUUUACAAGCCUCUACAUCCCUGGCGGCACAAUAGCGGAGAACAAGUCACGAGUGUUUAAGCUGGAGUGGCUGAAGCAGCUAACGGCUGUUGUGGACGAUAUGAACCUCAAACACGGCAUUAUGCACCAAGAUAUCGCUGCGCGAAACUUACUCGUCGAUCCUAAGACAGACGCCAUUUUGCUGUUUGAUUUCAACUACUCGGCUCGCAUUGGUGGAGUGGAAUACUCGAAAACCCGUGAUGACGUUAAGGGUGUCAUAUUCACAUUGUACGAAAUCAUCACCGGCGACGAGCAUUUCCGGGACAUCCCGCACGAGGAGCAGAGCACGGAGGAGAUUGAAGCGCUGGACGAGUGGGUCAAGCAUCCAGGCGUGAGCCUUGACCAUCCUGUUGCUGAGUAUCGGUCGGUUCUGAACCACUGGGUCAAGCAGAGACGCGAGGGGGGGCAGAUAACCAGCUACACAGAGGCUCUUGAGUACAUCGACUGGCCAGCUCCGGAGGGGCCACCUUCUCAGGGCUACACAUACAAGGAUGAGGAAGGCAAUUCAGUUACCAUUCCUUUCCCCAGUUGGGCCAACAGCCGUCGCAGCCGGAGGGAAAUUGGCCGCACUUUCUUGAACUGGCAACGGCCUCUCCAAACCAAGAUUAGGGACGGGACUUGUGUACUCGCGACUGGCGAAGUUUUAGAUAGUUGAUACUAUGUUAAUACAUGUAUCUAAACUGAGGGAUCUCCUUAUCCGUCUUAUCCAUCAUGUUGAGAGUUGUGUGAUUAGACUCUUCUGCCUCGAGCACACCGCCGACGCGGUCUCGCCGUUUGUUCUCCCAGAUGAGGUAAAACCGAAGGACGAAACAUGCCACAAAACCAAUGGCAAAGCAAACAGUUAUGGCUAAAAAGCCAGAGGUAUAUGAUGGAGCUUCCUUGGCAAAGAAAAGCUGUGGGCCCACGAUGUUGCCUGCGCAGUAGGCAAUGAAGAUCUAA